AUGAACAAGGUCCUUGGGUUUGAGCGCAUCAACGAACGCAAGAAAAGACCAAACGCACUCAUCAACUUCAUCAAACCUCUGGAGGGACCUGACAAAGCACUGGCGCAAGACUUUUUGGAACGUGUUGCUGCUAUCUGCUAUCCGAUCAUGAAGGAGAACCACAUCGUCGUCAUGGCCUUGGAAGAAUAUCUACCCAAUCCGGAAUUCAUCGGACGCAACUUCAACGCCGGAGAAGUCAUUCAGCUGGUACUCAAAGCUCCACACACCAAUCAAUGGCUACCAUUCAAGCAUGUUCAAAUGGUCAUGAUGCACGAGCUGGCGCACUGCAAACAGAUGAACCAUUCUCGUGCUUUUUGGAAGGUCAGAAACACAUAUGCCGAUGAGCUCAAAGUCCUCUGGAACAAGGCAUACACAGGCGAAGGUCUAUGGGGUAAAGGGCAAUCUCUCAUUUCCGGACAGUACAUGACCAAUCACAUGCCGGAAGCCGCCAACGCACCAGCAAACCUCUGUGGUGGCACGUUCAGAUCCUCAGGUGGCCGGAAACGAAGACGGAACGAUGAGAAGCCCAAAGUUACCUAUGCCGAACGCCAACAACGUAGGAUUGCAAAGAAGUUCGGUGUUGCUGGUGUCGCACUAGGUGACGAUGAGGGCAUCAGAGCCAAGCUCGAGUCUGGCCAGAAGGGCGGCAAGCCUGCUGUGAAGCCGAGAGUGGCAAGCAGUAAGCGAGGCCGAGAGCUUCGAGCUGCUGCAGCAUUAGCACGUUUCGACACUGUGAAGAAGGAGGCUGGCAAGGAAGAGCUCAAGACAGAAGCAAUCAGUGACGACGACUACGAGACUGAUUCUGACUAUGAGUACACGACCAUCGAGCGGACUAUGAACCCCGAAGACAACAAUAUGGUCAGAGUGUGCGAGAACGAAAACGCAGAGGACAAGGAUGCACAGCGAGAGUUUGAUGAGCUGCGUGAGAUCGACAACGCCAUGCCGAAGCUACAGAUCACAUCUUCAAAACAACCAGCUUCGAAAGAAAAGACCAAACAGACUCCAGCCAAAAACAACCCCUCGAACACAAUACAAGAACAACCACGUCCAGCGCCUUCAGCAAUUCAAACUUCGGCCUGCAGAAUCUGCUCGCUGGAGAACGAACCCGCAGCAGCCCUCUGCGCAGCUUGCUCGCAUGUACUCAACCCAGCUCUGAUGCCGAACUGCUGGAAGUGCACGAGCGCGACUUGUAAGAGCGUCGGAUACGUCAAUCCAGGCGAUUAUGGUGUAUGUGGAUUAUGCGGAGGAGCAAAACCUAGAUGAUCGAGAAGCACACAAAGAGGGAUGAAGGAUAGAGUAUAAUAAUCAGCUGCAUUGCUUCGAAGUUGAGAUUAAUGAACAUUGUAUCAUCAUAUCAGUCUCCUGCUUGCGGGUUCAAACAUACGAACAAAUAGGACAAUAGCCAAAAGUCGAG